UUGUUUACCCCAUGCGCUCAGUGUGGAAAGAAGACGACCUCCGACGGUUUUUACGGACGAGAGAGGGAUUUUUAGUAGGUGUUGGCUUAAUUGGACAAACUGAUUGACUGACCAAUCAAGAGUUUUAAUGAGCGACGCUCGCGGGGUCUCACAAUAGAUUAUUUAUGCUAAUCAAGUAGAUGUCACUUCCGCCCCUUUUAUUUGCGCCAUUUUGGAUAGGGUAGUUUCUAGGCUGGAUGUGUAUUGUCUGUCAGAGAAGAGAAUGGGCAAAGCGUUAUCGGCUUCCAGGCAGUCAUAGGCAGACUUAAAGGCAGGUUAUUUCAAAGAGGUGGCCCGCCGGUAGUACUUAUCUACAGUAUGGCCUGUGACCGUCAUACCCACUUCUGGGAAUGGAGGUUUUAAUUGUCUAAUGAGGCUCGGCAGCUUUAUGUUCCCGUUUGCCGACCGGAGGGAAGAGGAUAGCCUGUGUCGGCGAGGGAGAGUCGGGUUUUGAGGAGAGACCAACGACCGGACGGUUGGCUCAACCCCCGCGGAGACGGUGGUCACCUGAAAGGAUAUACCCUGAGAAAUCCUGAAAAAGUGAAAGUGUCUCUACUGUGCCUCAGCCAUCCUGAGGUGACACAUUUCACUCAGACGGGUGCGCUGGAUGUGAGAGCAGAAUGUUCCAGCUCCCUGUCAAUAACCUGGGCAGUCUGCGGAAAGCUAGGAAAAAUGUCAAGAAAGUCCUGGGAGACAUUGGCUUGGAGUUCUGUAGAGAUCACCUAGAGGACUAUAAGGAUUUUACCCCUCCAGAUGUGUAUAUAAAGCACACUACCUGGGAAGAUGUGUGCAUGUGGGAACCAUCACAUACCAAAGUCCAGGACUACAGAUCAAAACCUUUCUGCUGCUCUGGUUGCCUGUUCUCAUCCAAGUACUUCUCUGCUUACAAGAGUCACUUCCGCAAUGUCCACAGUGAGGACUUCGAGAACAACAUUCUGCUCAACUGUCCCUACUGCACUUACAAUGGCAACAAAAAGACUCUGGAGACGCACAUCAAACUUUUCCACAUGCCUAACAACACCGUACGGCAAGGGCCUGGGGGAAUGGCGGCUGGAGGUGGGGGCAUGAUGAUGAAGGACGGGAUGUUGAAGAGAACUGGGGACAGUGUGGAACAGGCGGUGUACUACUGCAAGAAGUGCACCUACAGGGACCCCUUGUACAAUGUGGUGCGAAAGCACAUCUACCGGGAACACUUCCAACAUGUGGCCCAGCCCUAUAUUGUAAAACCUGGAGAGAAGACAAAUGCACAGAAUGGUGGCACCACAGGGAACACAGACAGUAGUAACACAAAUGCAAACAGUGUUAACAGUAAUCAGAUUCACUGCAAGAGGUGUCUUUUUGUUCCAAGGACCUACGAGGCCCUUGUUCAACAUGUUAUUGAGGACCAUGAAAGGAUCGGCUACCAGGUGACUGCCAUGAUCGGCCAUACUAGUGUGAUAGUCCCCCGUCCCAAACCCAUCAUCAUGAUCCCCCCAAAAUCCCAAAUGGAUAAAACCAUUAUUGGGAUGGGUCCCAAAGGUGCAGUUAUGGCUAGUACCAGGUCUCCUGCCUCUCAACAGCUGAGUCGUGUUGUCAUCUCAUCAAAGACGGGCUUCAGUUCUCAAAGUCUUCUGUCGGGGCUGAAACAUGAUGCAAUGGGAUUAAAGGCAGGGUCCACACAGCCUUUUUCCAUGAGCAGUCAACAGGUGAGGGUGUCUUUACCAGGGAAUGCCCAGGUUUCUAUGCCCCAGCAAUCCCAUGCAGCAAAGCAGCUUCUUACAGGUGGCAGCCUGCGGGGCCCAAUUAUGGUUGGUACCUCUUCCUCACUCAAGUCCAACCCUCUGGGCUCUCGAGUUCAGGCAGCGGCCACAACUGUAGCCUCUGUGACGGCCAAGAAAAGCGGGUCCUCAGUCCUUGGCACAUCGUACACACAGAAGUGGAAAAUCUGCACUAUCUGCAAUGAGCUCUUCCCGGAGAAUGUGUACAGUUCUCAUUUUGAGAAAGAGCACAAAGCAGAGAAGGUACCGGCUGUUGCCAACUACAUCAUGAAGAUCCAUAACUUCACCAGCAAGUGUCUGUACUGCAACCGCUAUCUGCCCAGUGAUACACUAUUAAAUCACAUGUUGAUCCACGGUCUGUCAUGCCCUCACUGCCGUGCCACCUUCAAUGAUGUUGAGAAGAUGGUGGCUCACAUGCGGAUGUCACACCCAGAUGAGAGUGUUGGCCCACGCACAGAUUCCCCUCUGACCUUUGACCUCACACUGCAGCAGGGCAAUCCCAAGAAUGUUCAACUGAUUGUAACUACAUAUAACAUGAGAGAUGCUCCGGAGGAGUCUGUGGCAUUUCAUGCUCAAAACAACAGCACCACAUCUGUGUCCUCAUCAGCCAUGUCUGCCUCCCUAAUAUCAAGCAAGAGGUUAAUGCCUCCACACCCACCCAAAAUGCCCUCUGGGGGUUCUGACAGUGCACCAGUCAAAAGUCUACCACAGGCCUCUGUGCCCUACAAGAGGGAUGUUGGAAAGACUUUGUGUCCUCUUUGCUUUUCUAUCCUCAAAGGCCCCAUCUCAGACUCAUUAGCCCACCACCUGAGAGAGAGGCAUCAGGUUAUUCAGACAGUCCACCCAGUUGAAAAGAAACUGACCUACAAAUGUAUUCACUGUUUAGGAGUUUAUACUAGCAAUAUGACUGCCUCCACCAUCACUCUACACCUGGUGCACUGCAGAGGUGUUGGGAAAUCGCAGAAUGGGCAGGAAAGCCGAGCAGUACACUCCUCUCGGGUCACCCAGGCCCAGAGCAGUACUCUGAAACGACCCAGCUUUGAUAGCACUGACACCAGUGCACCAAAACGGAGGAGGCCUGGUCCCCCUGGGGAGAGAGCUCACCCUCGGGAUCUCAACAACCUCUCUACAUUUGUGGAAAAUCCUGAUGAACCUGUUGUUUUAGCUCUUGACCCCAAAGGACAUGAGAAUGAGUCGUAUGAGUCCAGAAAGGCAUUUCUGACACAGUAUUUCAAUAAAGCACCAUAUCCUAAACAACGAGAGGUGGAGAAGCUGGCAGCCAGUUUGUGGCUUUGGAAGUCUGACAUCUCUAGCCACUUUGUCAACAAGAGAAGGAAAUGUGUACAGGAAUGCGAGACCCAAAAUGCAAGCGUGUUGCUUGGGUUCAGCAUGCAUGAGGUCAACAAUGUGAGUCAUGAGCUAGCAUUUAGCAUUGAGGGUACUGUAUUUGAGGGGAGAAAUGGCAAAAGGCGGACAUCUGGCACUCGGAUAGGGGUUUCAGAGCAGACACGUGGGAGACAUAGGCUGCCUGUAGCUGCUAAUGGUGGUGUUGCCCCACCACCAAAGGGGAAGCCAACUGGGACUCUGGACAGUAGCAAAGCAAUGUUGUCUGCUCCCAAACUCAACAGUGUCAGCAGAGACCAAACCAAGACAAUCAACAGCACCUUACCACAGAAAAUGCCCCUAGACCUUUCUGAGCCCAUUUCCAUCGACUCUGACAGUGAUGAGGAAGAGCAGCAGAAGGAUAACGAGGAACACGAGGGAGAGGUGCAUCUCCAUGGUAACAAACAGCUUCCUGGAUCUAAGAAGAGAACUGAGCCAAGAACAGGAGCCAAGACUGUUUCGGAUCUCGAUGAUUUGUCAGAUGAUGAUGAUGAUGAUGAUGAGGACGACGACGAGGAUGAUGAGGAUGAUGAGGAGGAGGAGGAUGAAGGUGCUCAUGUGGAAAAUGGUUUUGGGCCCUCGGAGGGCUCGGGGAGACCAGCUGCUAAAGGAAGAGAGACUCUCCCCAUCAUAAUUCCUAAGUUUGUGCCCUCAUCUGCAAGAAGUGGGGGAGACAGGGCCCAGCUAGGUAAACAGCAGGUCUGACUGAUAAAAUCUAAUGGACUCACACAGACAGACUUUAGAUUUCAUCCACGCCAACAAAUCUGCCUCGGUUAAACUGAAGGACACUGCCCAGCUAUUGGGCAUCUGUGAAGGAGAGAGUAAUGAGGAGAAAGCUUUCCUUGAGUGAAAACUCAAAACAAGCCAUCCAAUGACAUUUAAGGGCAGGACACAACGAGCAGCUAGGAUUCAUGUGAAGAUUUGUGAGCAAAGUUUUCAUGUUUCUUCCACAAGACAGGGGGGAAAACAACAGUGAAGUUACGCCAAACAAAAAGUUUUUGCCUUCUGUAUACUUUAGUACAUUGAAGUAAGGAGGUAAUGUUGAGAUAGCCACUGAACUUGUAAGUGUGGCUUAAAAUAUGAGUUGUGAACUAAAGCUUUUAAGCUGACAAGAUAAUCCAUCAUUUUUCAUGUAGUUAUACAAAGAUAGGUAGUGUAAAUUUGUACAGUCUUUUAGACAUGUUUGGACAGAUGUUGCCGUACAUGUACCCUUAAAUAUUUGCUAUUACCUGUGCGUAAGGUAGCCUCAUAUGUUCUACAUUGGUAUGCUUAAUGAUAGGUGUCGCUUGGUGGCUGGUAUUUUCUUGUAUGUUUAAGUUUAUUUUUUAACAAAAAAACUAGUUUUUUUGCAAAAUAAUAUAUCUAUAUAUAAAGAAAUAACAAAUUGAUUUGUUUUUGUGGUUAACUUGAUUAGAUUUUAUUUUUUUAAUUUCUCUUCUGUUUUGUGUUUAUUCUGAAAGAAUGGUGGCUCUGUGCUAAUCGCCUUCUCAUGUUAUAAAGGAGCAUUUCAUUAACUUAUGCAGCCUUGUGCUCUUUAGCCUCGACUGUACUGUUGUUGCUUUUCCCUUUUUCAGAAUUUUUAACUUGAUGUUAAUUUACCACACAAGACUGGACAGUAACCACCGUACUGACAACCACAAAAAGUGAAAGAUUUUUUCUUUUUCAACAGAGAGAGUUGUGUUUUAUGUGUUUUUUGAAUUGUGUGUAUUUGUUUGUUUUCAUUUUUCACUUAAGCAUUUAUGAACAAUAAAGUGCUGUAAUUGUGCUUCUCACAGAA